GCUCAUCCCCUCCAUCCACCUCUCCUCCCCCGCCCUCCACCUCUCCCUCCCGGCAGCCCCAGCCCCAGCAAGCACCCGGCUAGCCACCUCCAGCUGGGGCUCCGGAGAGCAAUCUGGCUGCCCUCCUGGGGCAGCCCAAACCAUGGAAGCCUUCGCAGGUUGCUGAUCACCGCCAGGCGGCUGCUGCAGCGACUGCAGAGGCGCUGCGCCAAGCGGCGCGGGAGUCGUGCGAGCCGGCGGGACUGCGGAGGGCGAGUGGACCCAGGGUUGUUGGGAGAAGUCAAUGGCGUAAUGUACGUAAUCGUGUAGCACGGGCCGGUGUGCGGUGGGGCUUAGCUUGGCGGCUGCAUCUCCCCCAGCAUGAGCAGAAGUCCAGGGCAUGGCAUUCUCAACUAAGCUUUCCCAGGCUAUCGUCCACAGUUCCUUCUCUGAACGUGGAGUCAGGGGCUAUGACCUCUAGAGCUGGCUCAAAACUACCCACUGGCUGUAGAAAACCUAGGUUUCUCUCCACUGAUCCAAGGGAGCUCUGGGCUGAUGUCUAGUAUAGCCCUGAUCCCAGACAGCUACACCCUCCGCAUGGGGCCUCUCCCUCCCCCACAUCCCUGAAGACAUCCUGCAGAGCUGUCCUUGACACUCAAGUCCCUGCUCAGAAGAACAUCCUAAGGACCCAGCACAGGAGUCAGUGGGCCUGAGUCCACCCAGCCCCCUUCUCAAGUCUCCUGGGCAUGUGAAUGCCUUUUGCUAGACCCACCCACGGUAGGACACUCAGCAACUAGGGAGGGCUUCUGCUCUCUUGACCUUGGCCUCCUAUGCAUCAAGCCUGUGCUCACUUUCCUGGGAUGUACUAAAAUAAACAUGCACGUUUAUAUGACAAGAGUCUAGCCUGCAUGCAUGUAUGCAGCAUGGGAGUCAGAGGGCCUGGCUGCUUUGUCCUGCCUUGGGAGCAGGCGCUUGAGCAUGUACAUGGACAUGUGUGUGACACAUCUUGGAAUGACCUAUUUUGUCUGUAUCCAUUGAUCUUUCUACACGUGUGCUGGUAUGUCCGUCUGUCUUGUCUCCUUUGUAGCCAGGAAGCCCUGAACCACGUGCCAACUGGGAAGGCGAUGGUCGGCGAGACCAGCCCGGCCUAAUCUGGGGCUCCUACUCCUGCACCAGGGGUCCUCCGACCUGCAGCCCCUGCCACAGAGGGAGGCCUGGAAGUGGGAGGCGGGCUCUGAGGGGCAGGGACCUGGGGAGAAGCAGGCUUGGCUGGUAGAGUAGAAGACCCUUUUGCUGCACUGGUGGACAGGAGACCCUUGUCCCGCUGUCCCCGUGACCGUGGUGGGCUCUUCACCCGCUGGGUGCCUUCACUGACCUGGAAGAUCUGGGGUUGGACUGAUGACUUCUAGCCACCCAUGAGGCUCUGAAAACUAACUGAGACUUUAAACCGGGGUUAGCAGUCCGUGCCGAGCCCCACUGAAUUGAUUGGCGGAGGCAGCCGCCCGCAGCCUAGCCCACAGGUCCUCGCUUGAUUCCGGGGUGUCGUGUGCCGAAGGGCAAGAGGAGAAGCCAUGCCAGGCAGUGGCCCCAGUGAGAGGAUGACAUGGCCCGGCCCUGCCCUCCCUACGCCCCCCACAACCCGCCCUCUCUCCUCAGCCCUGGGAACACCGCCCAUCCCACCGCUAACCAGGACCCGCAGCCUCAUGGCCAUGUCCCUGCCGGGAAGUAGACGGGCCUCUGCUGGAUCUCGCAGCGGGGGCACUUUAGGCCGUAGUGGCCUGGCAGUGUUCGCCCAGUGCCCACAGCUGCCCGCCAGCCAGAAUGAGCAGCUGCCUCUUCUCCCCGCCUCCAGGCGUACUUCUCCACCUGUGAGUGUGCGGGACGCCUACGGCACCUCUUCCCUCAGCAGCAGCAGCAACUCUGGCUCCUGCAAGGGCAGCGACAGCAGCCCCACACCGAGGCGCUCCAUGAAGUAUACACUAUGCAGCGACAACCAUGGCAUCAGGCCCCCCACCCCAGAGCAGUACCUGACUCCACUGCAGCAGAAGGAGGUCUGCAUCCGGCAUCUGAGGGCCCGGCUCAAGGACACACAGGACCGGCUCCAGGACCGGGACACGGAGAUUGAUGACCUGAAGACCCAGCUGUCCCGCAUGCAGGAGGACUGGAUUGAGGAGGAGUGCCACCGCGUGGAAGCCCAGCUGGCUCUGAAGGAGGCCCGCAAGGAGAUCAGGCAGCUGAAGCAGGUCAUCGACACUGUCAAGAACAACCUGAUUGACAAGGACAAGGGGCUGCAGAAGUACUUCGUGGACAUCAACAUCCAGAACAAGAAGCUGGAGACACUCCUGCACAGCAUGGAGGUAGCCCAGAAUGGGGUAGCCAAGGAGGACGGAACUGGGGAGUCGGCUGGCGGGUCCCCUGCACGCUCCCUCACCCGCAGCUCCACCUACACCAAGCUGAGUGACCCAGCUGUCUGUGGGGACCGCCAGCCAGGGGAUCCCUCCAGCGCCUCUGCUGAGGACGGAGCCGACAGUGGCUUCGUGGCUGCCGACGACACACUGAGUCGGACGGACGCCCUGGAGGCCAGCAGCCUGCUGUCGUCGGGAGUGGACUGUGGCCUCGAGGAAGCCUCGCUGCACAGCUCCUUCAACCUGGGCCCCCGCUUCCCUGCCAGCAACACCUACGAGAAGCUGCUGUGCGGCAUGGAGGCUGGCGUGCAAGCCAGCUGCAUGCAGGAGCGGGCCAUCCAGACAGACUUCGUGCAGUACCAGCCUGACCUGGACACCAUCCUGGAGAAAGUAGGCCAGGCUCAGGUGUGUGGGACAGUCCCCAAGGACAGGCACUCAGAGCUGGAUCCCUACCCCUCAGGGCCCAGAGACCCCAACUCAGCAGUGGUGGUGACAGUGGGUGACGAACCCGAGGCCCCAGAGCCCAUCACCUGUGGGCCAGCUACACACCGGCCUGCGGCCAACUCCAACCCGGGACUGCCAGUGAGCGUGGUGUGUCCUGUGGAAGAGGAGGAGGAGGCAGCUGCCACAACCGACAAGGAACCCAAGAGUUACUGGAGCCGCCACUACAUUGUGGAUCUGCUGGCUGUGGUGGUGCCAGCUGUGCCAACAGUGGCCUGGCUCUGCCGCUCCCAGCGGCGCCAGGGCCAGCCCAUUUACAACAUCAGCUCUCUGCUGCGGGGCUGCUGCACAGUGGCCUUGCACUCCAUCCGUAGGAUCAGCUGCCGCUCGCUGAGCCAGCCGGGCUCCAGCUCAGCGGGCGGCUCCCAGCUCUGAGGAGGCUGCCAGCUCCCCACUUUUGGCAGCCUGACCACUGAUUGUAGGAUGCCAUUUGCUGCCCGCCCCCCCCAUCCCCAUGGGCAUCCUCUCAUCUACUUUCAGGUCUGGAAUAGUGCCCCCCACCCCACAUGUUAAUAGUGUCAGGGAUUCAGAAAGGCAUCCCAAAGCUUCAAGAGAAAAGGUGGCCAGCUGAAGAGGGAGAAACUGGGAAGCGGUCCCCUCUGGCCCCUCUGGCCGCCCGGACUUCAGACAAGGCAGGCCCUGCUCAGAGAGUCUCCGGCUGUGUUGAUCUGGGGAUCCUCCUUUCCCUUGCAUCCUUUCCAGCACCCAGUCCACCUCCAUGUCUUCUCUCCCACGCCACCCCUUGUGCCCUCCUCAGGCUCCUGGACCAGUAUUCCCUCCUCAGAUGGAGGCAGCCAGGACCCCAAAUGCAGAGAAGCACUCCAAGCAGGGUCUGGCUGCCCCGUCCCACUGAAGCUCCAGCCUCUCCUCCUCCCUUGCCCUGGGAUGCAAAGUGUGAUCCAGCUGGCAUGACCAGCUCAGGCAGGAGGGGCAGAGGGCAGGGUAGAUUCUGUGUCUGUCUGUCUGUCCUCCAGGCCUUCCCCACAGUCUGUUUUCCUUUUGGCUUCUGGGUGUGUUAGAUCUUCAUGAGCUGUCCAGUGCCCAUCACUGUCCUGACACAGUAAUCAUGGGAUCGGGAGGGAGCGUCGGUACAGAGAAGGCAAGGCCAGCAGCUCUAGGAGCCCUUUGCCUUCUGAGAUGAGUCAUCUCAUCUGUAGCCUAGCGGUGCCUCAGCGAGCUGGGAAAGUCAGAGGCCGCCUGCCCCAGGCCCUUCGUCCUCAGACCCUGCCUAUGUUUGCUCUUGGUUCCCUUAGGGUCUUGGUUUCCUGCCCAUCCCAGAACCCCCAGGCUGCUUGCUCUCUGGGAUGAGGACUUCUGAAUCUCUGACCCAGCUGUCUCCAGAGGAAGGUGGCCAUCUGGAGGAACCUCCAGAUAGGGUUCUGAAGCCACAGUAUCUGCCUAUCCAUGCCAAAGCAGGGUCCCCUGAGUGUGCUUCCUAAUCAGGGGCAUGGUCAGGCGGUGGGAGCCUGCCUGGGAUGCUCCUGGUCCAGUCAGCCUGGGAAGAAGCCCUGAUCCUCACCUCCCUCUUCCCAGAGAGGUCAUACCUACCUGACUGGCCCCCGCCCAGGGAGUUGGUAGAAGCCUGCAUCUCACUCUCUGGCAUGGGAGCUUCUCUGGUUCUCUGCUAAGGUCGCUUUGCCCUCACCGAUGCCCCGGUAGCCACUACUUGACUCCUGAGUUCUGCCCCUCCACUCUGUGCCCUCCCCAAGGGCACCUGCAUGCACUGGGAGUGGGCAGCCAGCCUAGCCAUCAGGGCAAGAGCCCUCUGCCACGCGCUUUGUGCCUCCAAAACUCCCCCACCUUGGCUGGGGCCUCAGACCAGCCAUCCUUGGUGGAGCACCCCUACCCCAGCUGAACCAAACCCAAAUGCCUGAGGCCUCGCUGGGGCUGCCCCAUAGGACACUGGGGUGGUGCCAUGGAGAGACAGGGGAUAAAACUGAUCCAAAGUGAAGCCAGGACUGGCCACGGACCCAGCCUCCUGCGCCGUGCACUCAUGGAGCUCCAUAUGUCUCCUUAGCAACAGUCGAAGCUCUGCUGAGAAAAUAAAUGUAUGAACUAUAUUUGACAACAUAAAAUCCAUAUAUUUUUCACCAUUGGCAUUUAGUCCAACUUUGCAGCCCCUCUGUUCCAUGUCUUGCUGUCUGGGCCUUCUUGUCGUGUCUCGUGUUUUGGUGGACUUGGGCAGGGCUAGGACUGUGGUCCGCUCUGCUCCCGCUGCCGGAGAAGCCAUUGUAAAGCGUCCAGGUCUGUGGAGGCACUAAGUGAAGCUGACCAUUCACCCUGCUCCUGCUCGGACCCUAGCCCUGCCUCGCCUACCGCAGGGGUCCUCUUUUGUGAGUUCUGCCUAUCAGAAGGGCUCUGCUCCUUGCUGGUGGAGUGAGCAGGUCAUUACCCAGCCCCUGGAUGACCCUGGAUCCCCGCAGGCUGGGGAACAGGUCCUGCUCCUAAGUGUAUAUAAGCCCAGAGUCCCGUACCUGUGCCGAGGGGUUGCAAUCCCAUGCAAUCCCAGGAAGCGGGCUUGGAGGUAGACACUUUCAGCAGCCUGCUGGUUCCAGAUCUGGAGGAGGAGGAGGCUGAGAGCAAGGUGGGACUGGGCCAGGCUCCCCCUUUGAUGCUCAUCCCCAAAGCUCCCCCUUUCCUCCCAGUUGGCCAGCCCCCAUAGGCUGUGAUUUGCCCUCUUGCCCUUGGCUCCUGGAGCAGAAAUGUUUAGGGUGCUCCUUUCCCCACCUCCAGUCAGAGCUAACAAGGUCUUGAGGAAGUGUCCCCGGGAACUACCUUCUAGAGCUACUGAACCCUUGGAGCGCAGUGGCUGGCAGUAGUGGCUCCUUCGUUCUGGAGCCCUCUGUCAGGGCUUGGUGAGGACUUCUAAACAGAGGCAGCCUUGAGCAGAGUUCACAACCAAUGUCUUCAAGCAGGUAGCCUACAUAGCUUUUCACUGAGACCCCUUCCCACCUGCACAGGCAUCGCGGACAGCAGAUCCCAGGCUCGAGGGCCAAAGGCUAUUGAGGGGCCUCCACCCAGGGCACUCACAGCCCCCAGGGCACUCACAGCCCCCUCUGAACUAGAUGACAACACAAAUAGGCCACCGUGCACGCUCACAUUAGGCUAUUCCCUUGACAGGAACUUCAGGGGGACACGGGAGGGGGCCGUGGGAGGGGUCUUGACUCGCGGUCUCCUUUGUCUUUUUGUUCGGGCAGAGUUGUACCUGUAGCAGACAACUCUGAAUUAAAGCAUGAACACACGCGCA